CUGCAGAGCACCCUCCAGGAAGGGUUGAAAGUCCAGGGACGUUAAAAUUCGGGUCCUGGCCAACGUCUUAUACAGGCCCACGGCGGUGGGGCUUGAAGGAGGACGCCCGACAGACCGGCAACAGCGAAGCCAGUAUCUUGCAGGUUGCAACCAGGUGAUUGGAUCCUGAUUAAAGUGCUCCAGAGGAAAAAUUGGAGUUCACCGAGGUGGGAAGGCCCGUACCAGGUCCUGCUCACAACACCAACCGCCUGCAAAAUAGCAGAAAGACCAUCUUGGAUCCACCAAAGCCACUGCAAAAAAGUGAGUGACAACACAAGCAUAGACGCCGGUUCCCCCGACUCCUAGGUGUUCUCCUGGUGGAGGAAAGGGUUGUUUGGGUAUAUCCCGCCCUUUUGUCUUCUCGCCAGUGGUCUACUCACCUGGAGCCCGGGUGUGCCUGGUCAUCAUGAAGAAACUUGUCCUCAUAGUGGCUGGAUACUCACCUGGAAAGACGAGGACCCACAGCAUCGCCUGCAAAAGAAAUGGUCAUAUGACAACUUACACCUAAAGGAUAUGGACAAAGAGCACAACCACCCCUGGCUGAACAAUGCCGGGUACCGGUACGUCUACAACCGAGUACAUACAGAAGACAACCACACUGGCUGCUACGUCUGUUCUCACCUUCCAACAACAGCAAUGCAAGCCACCCUAUAUGGAAAAUCACCCAGCCUUUCCGAAGCCCUAUGUAUAUUCUACAAAGCCACCAGCAGAACAUGUUCCCCCGAAGACAUCUUCUUCUUCAAGGUUGAGUUAAAGAGACAAGUCACAAAACCCGACCUGCCACGGUGUAAUGGAACACUGAUCAACUAUACAACUAAUGAGGUAGUGUUCUGUACACCAGAGGUCUCAGACUGGAACUACAGCUGUGAUGACCGAUACUGGGUACACCUGAAUGCAACCAAUGACAAGGGAAAAUCUUUCAAUGUCAGGAGGGAACCAGGAAUACAACAUCCAAUGUGUUUCACCUUCGCAUACGGCAACAGAAAGCUGGGAAUGAACCACAACUGCUCCCAGACUUUCCGAAUGCCGCAGGACAGAAAGGCACGGAUAAGCUUCCUGAAUGGCACAUAUUGGGUGCAGGGUACAGCAUGGGCAUGUGGCUCAAAGACAUACUUCACCAUCCCACCCAACAGCACCGGACUCUGCGCCCCAAUUUUAGUGUCAGACCACACAUUCAGAGUAUUCCAUCAGGACCAACCAAGACGCAGGAGGAGCACUGAUGACGUGCAACCGCAUGACCCAAUCUGGGGCAGUGAUGUACCAGCGGAGUUCAAGUUGUGGACCACCAGACAGAAGGUCCUACACUAACUGUUCCCAUGGAUCGGGAAUGGAAAAAACAUGCUAAGAAUUGAGACUCUUGACUACCAAUUUGGACUUUUCCUGAACAGCUCAACAAGGAUAAACAAGGCUCAGAAUGGGGAAAUCGACGCGAUCAGAAUAGUGGUUAUGCAACACAGAGUCGCCCUGGACAUGAUUCUCGCUGAGAGAGGGGGCCUCUGUGUCUUAUUCAACACCACUUGUUGCACCUAAAUCCCGGACAACGUGCACUCUUUGACCAUGACCACCGCCCUAGACAAGUUACGACAACUGAGUAAUGCAGAGCAGCAAGACUAUGUCACGAACACAGAGGACUGGCUGACCUGGCUGCUGAGCGGCAGCUGGAAGACCCUCGUGAUCAAAGGACUUGUCUUGAUAGGAGUUCUUCUUUUAUUGCUUUGCAUGUUCUCAACUUGCAUUCUACCCUGUAUCAGAUCAAUGAUUGACAAAAUGGUACAGGCCACAGUGAUCACCUAUGUUGGACUGCCACAAGAAGAUGAACUGGACGAAGAGGAUUUAGUAUAGGAAAACACAUACACAUACUGAAUGAUGCUACAAUUGAAAAUGUUAUAAGCAAGUGAUUGUUGGCUGAUAAUAAAGUAUGAUUAAGUGUAAAAUAUUAACUUCAGGAGUGAAAUAUAUUUACAACAGGAGGGAAUGUUAUAGAGUUUUUACUGUUUUUUAUUUGAUUAUGCUUCAAAUGUUAUGUUCUGCUUAUGUUCACAUAUUUCACCAGACACAAUGUACCAACUCUGCAGAAACAGGAAGCUCACCCUGUGACAUUAUUAGCACACACACGAACUUCUUGAAACACAC